AUUUAUAUAACCUCAAAUCUAUAAAAAUUCCCAAAUAGUUACUUUAUUUUUUUUGUGUGCAAUAAUUUUCACUGAAAACUUUACGCAACGCCCAUUAGCCCAAUAAUAUUGCCAACAUGUCCGACUUCGAGAAUCUGUCCGGUAACGAUAAGGAGCUGCAGGAGUUUCUUAUGAUUGAAAAACAAAAGGCACAGGUCAAUGCACAGAUACACGAGUUCAAUGAGAUUUGCUGGGAGAAGUGCGUUGGCAAGCCGAGCACCAAACUCGAUCAUGCCACCGAGACAUGCCUUAGCAAUUGCGUAGACCGUUUCAUAGACACUUCAUUGUUGAUAACACAGCGCUUUGCCCAAAUCCUACAAAAGCAGAGCUCCGGCAGCAUGUAGAGGGCGGCGGGACCAGAGCCCUAAGGUACACCUAAGCUAAUUCCUAAAAAUUUAUCUGUAAGAAGUUUUUUUUUAAUGUGCGGUGCUAAAUUUAACUUAUCGUCGUUCACCGUGCGACAAAAAAUAUUUAAACUUCGAAAUUCUGUGAACCAAAUAAGACAACAUGCAUACAGCUACCGUACAUACAUAACAUGUAUAUGUAUAUUUGAUUUGAUUUGCUUUUGUUGAACGUUUGUUACAAAAAAAAUAAGAACAGUAAAUA